AUGAUUUCAGCUCUAGCAUUUGCGUUUCUCCUCUGCCUCUCCUGUCCUUUUUCAUCGUGUCAGCAGAGAAGAAUAGGAGGUGAAUUUGGGCCAGAAAUGCUGGAAGAGAUGAGAGAAACUAACCGUGUGCUGAUGGAAGUUCGCGAUUUGCUGAAACAGCAGAUUAAGGAGAUAACAUUCCUGAAGAAUACAGUCAUGGAGUGUGAUGCCUGUGGCAUGCGCACCACUGAGGUGACGGGCCCCGUCAUCACCGUGACACAGUUUAACAGAUGCCUCCCAAACCCCUGCUUCCCUGGAGUGGCCUGCACUGAGACCAGCACUGGCUUCCGCUGCGGACCCUGUCCCCCGGGUUAUUCCGGCAACGGGUCCCAGUGCACGGACAUCAAUGAGUGCAACGCGAACCCCUGCUUCCCGAAGGUCCAGUGCAUUAACACCGCCCCCGGGUUCCGCUGCGAUCCGUGCCCUCCCGGCUUCACGGGGCAGAUGGUCGAAGGGGUUGGGCUAGCUUACGCCAGGGCCAACAAACAGAAAUUGUGUAUUUGCACUGACAUCAACGAAUGUGAGACAGGCGCCGCCAGAAAUUGUGUCCCAAACUCCAUCUGCAUCAAUACACGGGGAUCCUACAAGUGCGGGGCUUGUAAACCCGGCUUUGUUGGGGAUCAAGUCACCGGCUGCAAGAGCCAGACAGUGAGACGCUGCCCCAACGGGGAGAUCAGUCCGUGCCAUGAGAAAGCACAGUGCAUCGUGGAGCGCGACGGGUCCCUCUCCUGCGUGUGCCUCGUGGGGUGGGCAGGGAACGGCUACGUCUGUGGGAAGGAUACGGACAUCGACGGAGUCCCUGACGAGAAGCAACGCUGCUCUGACAAAAAAUGCCGCAAGGAUAACUGCGUGACCGUCCCCAACUCUGGCCAGGAGGAUGCGGACAGGGAUGGAAUUGGAGAUGCUUGCGACGAUGAUGCUGACGGAGACGGGAUAUUAAACGCUGAGGACAACUGCGUGUACACGCGCAACGCAGACCAGCGCAACGCGGACAAGGACAACUUCGGUGACGCCUGUGACAACUGUCGCCAAGUGAAGAACAAUGAUCAACGGGACAUCGACGGUGACGGGAAGGGAGACGAGUGUGACGAUGACAUGGAUGGAGAUGGGAUCAGAAACCCAACGGACAACUGUAAACGGGUCCCUAACCCUGACCAGAGAGACGGCGACGGUGAUGGAGUAGGAGACGUGUGUGACAGCUGCCCGACAGUCAGUAACCCAGACCAGAAAGAUACGGAUCAUGACCUAGUGGGAGAUGUCUGCGACACCAACCAGGACAGCGAUGGGGACGGCCACCAAGAUUCCCGGGACAACUGCCCCACAGUGCCCAACAGCUCCCAGGUGGACACGGACAACGACGGGCUGGGGGAUGAAUGCGACGACGACGACGACGACGAUGGGAUUCCAGAUGAGAAACCUCCGGGCCCCGACAACUGUCGGCUUGUCCCUAACCCUGGCCAAGAAGACUCGGACGGUGACGGAGUGGGAAACCUUUGCGAAGACGACUUCGACAGAGACAUGGUGAUCGACAGGAUCGACGUGUGCCCCGAGAACGCAGAAGUGACGCUCACCGACUUCAGGGCCUUCCAGACGGUUGUCCUGGACCCUGAAGGUGACGCACAGAUCGACCCCAACUGGAUUGUCCUCAACCAGGGCAUGGAGAUCGUGCAGACCAUGAACAGCGAUCCUGGCCUGGCUGUAGGUUACACGGCAUUCAACGGAGUGGAUUUCGAGGGCACAUUCCAUGUCAACACUGCCACGGAUGACGAUUACGCUGGCUUCAUAUUUGGCUACCAGGACAGUUCCAGCUUUUACGUGGUCAUGUGGAAGCAGAUGGAGCAGACCUACUGGCAGGCCAACCCCUUCCGAGCAGUAGCAGAACCCGGAAUUCAGUUAAAGGCGGUGAAAUCCAAGACAGGCCCGGGAGAGUACCUCCGCAAUUCCCUCUGGCACACCGGGGACACCACGGACCAGGUCAAGCUGCUGUGGAAAGACCCUCGCAACUCGGGCUGGAAGGACAAGACCUCUUACCGCUGGUUCCUGCAGCACCGGCCUCAGGUGGGAUACAUCAGGUAA